AUGGCGCCAUCCCCCAAGAGGAGCCGCCGGAAAGAUGCCAACGCCUUGCCGAGCAUGUCCUCAACUUUUUGGGCUUUCAUGAUCCUGGCGAGUCUGCUGAUCGCUUACUGCAGUCAGUUGGCUGCUGGUACCUGUGAGAUUGUAACUCUGGACAGAGACAGUAGUCAGCCUCGAAGGACUAUUGCACGGCAAACUGCUCGAUGUGCUUGUAAAAGAGGACAGAUCGCUGGCACAACGAGAGCCCGGCCAGCCUGCGUGGACGCCAUGAUUGUAAAGGUCAGGGAGUGGAUGGAUUUAGGUGACUUAGCCUGGUAUUGCCGAUAA